AAUUGAAUAUGGGUUUGUAUUUAGCAAAACCUGAUACGACAAAAGUUACGCAAUCUGGGAAGGUAUUGGAUUUUGCAUACACGUCCACAUCUUUGCAGGGUUGGUAAAUCCAACAAGACGAAUUUGUAAUCAUAAAGGAGAAGUUUGAUCAAGAUAAUUGUUUAUUCUGUAUAGUGGAACAAUAUGGCGGGAUGGAGUAUGGAAAGUAUAUUCAGGAUCAUAUAGUGGAGGCACUUGUGAAUGACUCGGAAUAUAAAUAGAAAAAUUACGACAAAGCUAUUGUUGGUUUAUAUGAAAGAUUGGACAAUUAACUAAAAAAUUAAUUUAAGGAGAGCACCAGCUACUAGGGCGUUACUUUAUUGCUAACAUUGAUUACGAACGAAAACAUUUAUGUAGCGAAUGCAGGAGUAAUUCGUCCCUUUCGAUAUAAUAGUUAUCCAGGUGUAUCAUUCGAUAUGAAGGCAAGCACAAGGUUAUGACUGUUGAACAUUAUCCAAUGAACGAUCACGAGAAACAGAGGAUACUUGCUGCUGGAGGAGAGGUGUGGGAAAAUAGAUUGAAUGCUCAUCUCCCAUACAGUAGAGGUUUGGGGAAUUUCGAAUACAAAUCCAAUUCCAAUCUAGAUCAGAGUAAGUAACUGCUAAUUUCUGUGCCGAGCAUCAAGUAUGUAGAUAAAGAGGAGACUGAGUUGAUUUUAAUGGGGAGUCAUGGUUUGAUAUAAUUAAUGAUUAAUUUUAGGCUUUUGGGAAACGUGGACUAAUAAUGCGAUAUCAGAGGUUAUUUUGGAGAGAAUUCAAUAAGGGAAGCCUCUGCCUGAUAUCUUGGAAACCAUCUGCGAUUCGAUUGUGGCAUCGAAUGUUGAGGGUGAAUAUGGGAAAGAUAAUAUCUCUAGCAUCUUGGUUCAUUUCUAAAGAGAAUAAAGGCAGGUUAUUUGA